AUGAACCAAGACACAACAACCCGCAUGAACGAGCUCGGCAAAGCUCACUCCACGCGCUCUCCCGCACGCGACACGACCACUGGUGCAACAGCAUACGAGAGCAACUGGGUAUCAGACGAAUCCUUUACAAGUCAAACCAUCGUUAAUGGAAAACAGGAUCAGAGUGGGUGGCAUUCUCAUUCGGAGGGUGUCGCCGAUCCAGACGGAACACCCCAAACAACAACCUCGUACACGGAAGAAUUGGGAAAAGAUGGAUGGCAUGAACAACAGAGGAGGAUUCAAGAAUAGAUUCAAUCAUUAUUAAAUCGAGCCGUUUAUCCCAUUGUAUAAAAAAAAAUCAUCACCAUUCACAUAUAUUUAUUAGACUUUAAGAAUUUGUUGC